AUGUAAAAUAUAUAAAGAUUGCUCAUAGCUCCAGAUUCAUCAAGAAAGUAUUUGAUCAAACAAGAUGCCAUGAAUUUACUUCUCAGUAUCAUCCUCUGUUUGUUUUAUGUCGAUAAUUUGAUGAAUGAUUAAUUGCCAUAUUCUGCUGCAUGGUUUAAAUGCUCAUAUUUAUUCCUGCUAUUUAUCAGCAAUCUAUGUGCUAUAUUUUUAUAUGUCCUUUUUAUACCUCAAUUAAUAACAUUGAAAUAAGAACAGAAUAAAAAGGAUUAAAUUAUUUAGUUGAGAACUUUAUUGUAAUAUAAAUUGCAUCAAUAUCUCAAUAUCAAUUAAUGUUUGAUAAAUGUUUUGUACAUUUUUGGGAUUAUAUUGGUGAUUUUUGAUUUUUUUGGAGAGUCUUUAGAAUAAACUCAAAAUAUUAAGUAAAUUUACUUAAUAUAUAUAGAAAACUUAUCAGAUAUUCAGUUUGUGGAUAUUUAUUAAAUCGCAUAUUUAUUACAGGAUAAUUUGAAAAUACACUUGAAGAGCAAACUAUUGUAGAAUUUAAAGAAAGCUUCAUCAAAAUAGAAGAACUUAAAGAACUCUCAUUGAGUACUUUGGACAUUUGUCCUAUAUGUUAUGAAGAAUUUAAAGUUAAAGAACAUGUUGCUGAAUAUCAAUGUCAAGGAAAACACACUUUUCAUUAAGAUUGUGUUAUAUAAUGGCUAAAAACUCCAAUGAAUAAAACCAAGGUUUGCCCAUAUUGUAAACAAUUACCAGAUUCAAUUAAUAAGUACGUCUGA